GUGACUUUUAAGCCAGAUUUGGCUAAGUUUAACAUGACACAUUUAGAAGAUGAUGUUGUUGCGCUGAUGAAAAAGAGAGUUUUUGAUAUGACUGGAUGCCUUGGGAAUAAUGUGAAGGUGGAACUUAAUGGAAAACGAGUUCCUGUGCUAUUAAACCAAGCAUUUAAACCAAGCAAUGAGAUGCAUUUGAUAAUGAGAAACUUUUAGCUUCUAUGGAUAAGUUGAGGAAUGGGCAAGCAGUAGAUAUUCCAAACUAUGACUUCAAGAGUUACAAAAACAAUGUCUUCCUGCCUAGAAGGGUAAACCCUUCAGAUGUGAUAAUUUUGGAAGGCAUUCUCAUUUUUCAUGAUCCCCGUGUUCGAGAGUUGAUGAAUAUGAAGAUAUUUGUUGAUACAGAUGGUGAUGUUCGUUUAGCAAGGAGGAUAAGGCGUGACACAGUAGAAAAAAACAGGGAUAUUGGUACAGUUCUUGAUCAGGUUAGCAACUAUUCAUGUAAUUUUGUAAUCAUUCUUAUUGCCAAGAGAUUAUAUCUUUGAAUUUGUGGGCCUCAAUUAAGUUUAAAGUAUCAAUGAAUAUACCUCAGGAGAUGAAACUGCAACUCUGGUGGUAAUUAUGUUUUGUUACUUGUUAGUAA